AUGACGAUGGAACGAAAGCAAGUUUUGUCAGUGAUUGCUGCUGUGUUUGACACUUUAUUAUUUGGUGGAAUAAUAUUCGGUUGGCCUUCCCUGGAUUUCGUGCUGAAGCGGGAGGGUUAUUUUUCUUCUAAAUGUGAAAUAGAAACUGGUGAUUUAAAGAACGACACAGCUGAAGAUUCCUCCGAGAAAAUCUUGAAUUGUCCAAGUCAAGAUAUCGCACUUAACCUGGUCUACACGUUGUCUGCUGCCAUUGGCGGUGUAUCUACUUUCCCACUCGGUUAUCUGUUUGAUCGUUUCGGGACUUGGAAAUUUCGAUCAUGCAGUAUCUCAACUGCGAUUCUCGCAUGCGUUGCUAUUGCGUGCUCGAAUAAGGAAACCUCUUGGUUGCUAUACAUAGCAUUGCCAACUGUGGCUGUGUGUAAUUUUGCCAUUCUCGUUUCGAACACUCCAAUCGGAUACUUUUGCGUAGCAGCGCAAGCAACAGUAAUUUCUAUCAUCUAUGGUGCGUUUGAUUCUUCAGCAGCGGUGAUGGUAGUAAUGAAGUCAGCUUAUGAAUUGGGAGCAACCGUAGCUGAAAUAUUUACUGUCUAUGGCGCUUUGUUACUCCUCUCACUUGUUUACACAUUCGUGCUGAUGCCAAGAAUGCAUGUCCCAUUCAACGUACCAGAUGGUUACCAGUACGGUGCCACAGAAUGUUGUUGUUCUAACAACCCAAUCUCUUCACCACAAAACACCAACACGCCAAAUCAAAGCAGAAGAAAAAGAUCGGGAGUUUCAGAAUCAACUCCUCUCUUAGCUAACCAAGGCGAGGAACAGAAAACGUUUUCUUCGUCCCUGAAAGACUUUUCCUAUUGGCUCAACGUGUUGUACUUGUCUAUCCUACAACUUCGGUUGAAUAUGUUUUAUGUCACGUUAAAUCAAUGGAUAUCUACGCUUACAAGUAACCGUGAACAACAGAGCAAAUAUAUCACAGCGUUUGGAUUCAUACAACUCACCGGGAUCUUAAUUGCGCCCUUUAGCGGCGUGAUGACUGACAUGAUGACGAAGUAUUAUCGAAAGUCUGUCACAUGUUCUGAAGAAGUUGUUCGGAAACGAGGUGUUUGCUUCACGAUUGGUUGCACGUGUUUAACGGCUACUAUCUUUUCUGCGCUUGUUCUGAUUCCAGUAUUAGAAAUCCAGUACAUUACAUUUUUCGUGCAGAACGUUGCCCGCACUUUUCUCUUUGCUGGCAAUGGCGCUUUCCUCGCCACUACAUUUUCAAGCGAACAUUUCGGAAAACUUAAUGGUCUUACCAUUGGAAUUGCCUCUGUCGUGUCGUUACUUACAUACCCCAUUAAUAUUCUUGUUUUAAGAGUUUUUGGCGGUAGCUUUGUUGUUGUGGAUUCCGUGUUCUUAGGCUUGUCUGUUUUGACGUUUGUGCAUCCAGUGGUUUUGUUUUUUCGUACAAGGCAUAACUGA